AUGUACGCUCCUAUUUCAGUGGUACUAGGCAGUCUUGACCUCUGCAUUGAACCAAAACUUUGGCGCCACUACAUUUUCUGUAAUGGGAAGCUAUUUUUGGCAAUCCGAAUUCCUAUCAUCCUGCUGGUCGUAGAGAUAGCUCUUGGUAUCACAGUUAUUGUUUUCCAGGCUCGCAAGUACCUCAUUCAGCGGGAUACCCCCGUGUCAGAUCCUGUGCCUGCAGAGUGGCACAAGCUCGUCUACACUCUCUGUCUUGAACAAGGCAUAUUACUUGUCGACAUUUGCUAUCAACGUAAUUCUAAGUAUUGCUAUCUCUAUCGCCAUGCUAACGGCAUCUUAGCAUGGACAAUAUGGCGUAUGUCACGUCCAAUUGAGGAAGGACGCUCCACCCCACUACCCAAGUAUUUUCGCAUAGUGCAUAUUAUUCUGGAAUAUUCUGGAAUAAUAUAUUCCAUGAUCAUACUCCUUGCAAUGGUACCGGCCGGCGGAAUCCUACAAACCCUUUCCAGUGCGGCUCUCUUUAUCAGUAUUCAGAGCGGUGCUAUUGACGUGAUCAACGUUGUACUGGACAACUCGACUCUGGACGGAGACACUGAUGAUAGAGCAGGAACAAUGUGUCCCAAAGAUAGAGAGAAGGACUCGGGUGGUACAGUAUUCGAGGAAGCAUAG